AUGGCGCGCAAUUAUCCGGCCGAUACGAGGGCUCAGAAGGUGUACGAGGAAGUAUUUGAGAAGGAGCUGGUAGCUCAACUGCGAUACUUCUACCAGCAUAGAGGCGAGAUGGAGGGGCAACUGACAAAUUUCGACACGACACCCGCUGCUGAACUUCGACGACGGAGGGCGAAGAUAGUGUCAGACAGCAUUCUAAAGCAGUUUCUUGAAAAAAAACCAGAGCCCGAGGAUAGCGAAAGCGUAGCGGAGAAACAGACACCGACUGGCCUGCCUAAAGAGCCUGAGGAGCGACGAGCAUUUAUGGAUCUUAAUGAAAUGGCACCUGUCGAUCCGGAGCUUAGAAAACUUAUCUACGAAGGCAUCUCACAUGAAUCUAAGGGCAGGUGAGUAACGAAGACAAUCUGAGUUUUAAGACGAAAUGUAAAGUAAGUUGGUGAUUGCCCAUAUCACAGGAAAUAACAGGCUGCGUCAUUUUUUGCAGGAUUUAAUUCCAACUUAUAACUCUCCCACGUAUCAUCAGACCGUCUCUUAAAUGUACGUUUUAUACGAGAGCAUAUUCCACCUGUGAAAUAACUAAGGUCAACGGCUUCAGCAUUCUAUGUCGAGGGUGUAGACGUUGUCGAUGCAAACAAACAUGGCUCUAUAUGUUUGUGCUCAGAUUUGUGCCUAAGAUAAUCCUCAGGUGUAGAGAUUGGAAUAUAUGAGAAGGGAAAUUUUUUAUCAAGUCAGUAAACAGAAACCGGAUUAAAUAAUAUUCUCACGUUAGAGGCUUCCCAGGGAGGGUCCACAAUCACUCCCACGAAAAACGUGUCGCCUGAAGGUAAGACUAAUAAUAAGUGCCGAAUCAAGCAACAGGUGAACUGUAAACGGAUAUCUGUUAAGGUCGGAUCGGCAGUAGGCAUUGAAGCAAAGAGACGAUCUUUUAAAAGAUAGAAGGCACCAGCCAAAAGGGGCACGGUGUGAAACCAUGAAAUUGCCUACUUUAACGAACUCCGGUGACAUAUACGGCUCGUAAGCGGCAGAAUUUAGUGGUGAUGAAUGCCUGAUGCAAAUCCAAGCGCAUAUGCGCAUUUCCGGUCAUUGGUCACUUCCUCCAUACAUCAACAGAGCGCCGCCGACAUGUAUUCAAAUUAUUUGAUGCCCUAGUUUGCGCCUCUUAAAAAGUUCCUGACAAAUAAAACAUGGAGCCAAACUGCGUGAUAUUUGCCCUUUUUUAUAGCAUCGGACGAACAGUUUACACUUUAGACGGGAUUUAAACGCAUUAGGGAGAUCUCAGGCCAGGUUCAGUGCCCAAAUCGUCCGCAAAAUGUUUUAGUAUUCACCAGGGAGGGUAAGAUAACCAUAAGUACCGCAUCUGUGAUACUUUUUAAGAAGUAUCUGCAUGCAACUACUUAGAAUCCAAUCUGUCGAGCCCCACUCUUCUUCUUCUUCGGUGGUUGUUGUUUGCUGGAAAAUGGGGAGAAUGUGUGUUUAUGCGGUACAUAUGUGUGUGUGGUACAUGUGUGAUUCACCUUCCAGCGUCAACAUGCCCACCGCUCGCCCACCCUGACAGUACCUCCGGCAGUGGCUGGUGUUGAAAAGGACUUGCAAAUUAUUUUCAUUGAGAGCACAGAUUUCUGCAACAAUAACUUCAAUCUCUCAACCUGACCCCACCGUCGUCUAGUGAAGAUACUUGGCUGAAAUGACCGAAGGCUGGCUUAGACUCAGUGGUUGAAUAAGUAGCAGUCCAGCCGUCGUUAGUUGCCUGCGCAGAUUCUUCUCUUACAACAGAACCAGCUAACUAGAGUGGAUGGACAGACCCACCACACACACAACAGACAAAAUGACUGCUGGGAUGUGGCUGCCACAAUUGGCUGAGCUAGACAUCAUUCAAGGAAUAUGGGAAUACAGAGCCGACGGAACAGUUUCAUUAAAAAAAUAUCAUUUAUUGUUAUGUCUGAGGUCUUAUGAGGCAGAAAUCCUCCUUUUGCUAAAAAGAAUUUGACCAUGUGCCUGAAUUUGUUUUGUGAGUGUGAAAAUAUUUUUUUUUUAAAUUACCCUGGCGGCACCAAUUCUACGUUGUAAUAUGGCGUUAGAUGAUGAACUUGAACUCGUCGACAGCUGCACUAGCAAAUCGUGAUUCUGUAUUGGUAACCUUUAAUGCUUACUCGUGAAGUUCAAGUAGCAAUAUUUUAUCUAAAUAAAGAAUUAAAUGCACCUUCCUACUCCCUAAGGGCAAAGUAUCUGAUGGAGCGAGCGCAAAUACCGCCGGACCAGCGCUAUAAGUUACCCGUUGCAUCAUCCAUGAAAUACGGAUGGGAUUUAUCAACCCUCAUGCCGCUGGAGGAAAUAACACAUCCGAAAUACGGGCGAUUGCAGAUAAUCAAGUCGACAUUCUACAAGGAGAAUGGCCUGCCAAUCAAGCACAGAGAAGAAAUGCUAUGA